AAGCGACGCGCUCCGCCGGUGAACCACGCGGCGCUGACCGCACUUGUGGAUCGUUGGAGGCCGGAGACUCACUCCUUCCACCUUCCAUGUGGGGAGAUGACGAUGACCCUACAGGACAUGGCUAUGAUAAGCGGCCUUCCUAUCAAUGGACAAGCUGUUACCGGUCGUGUCAGCGUGGGUAAUUGGCGAGAACGGACUGCCGAUUUAAUUGGCGUUCAGCCCGAGGGCCCUCAGGAAGGCAAGGCCGAUACAGCGAAAGUGAGGCAUUCUUGGCUAAAACUGGUCAGAGGAAACACCAACCCGUGCCCUCAGGAUGCCAAUGACGUGGUUGUGCAGCAGUACGCGCGGGCCUAUCUUUGGUAUGUACUAACCAAGGUAGUCUUCUCAGAUGCAACCGGGAACUCAGCCCUCUGGAUGUUCUUGGAGCCACUUAAUAACUGGGAUACCCAGUAUAGCUGGGGUUCGGCCGCACUAGCAUACUUGUAUCGUCAGCUUGACUUGGCGUGUCGGAGGAAGGGAGGUACAUCCUCAUUGUCUGGGUUUGUUUGGAGCCUAUCCGUGUGGAUGUGGGAGCGGAUCCCGGUUGGACGGCCCGAUUUGAAGAACCCCCUCAUGGCAAACCCACGGGGUAAUCAUGACGGGUUGCAUGAUGAUGAUCCAUAUCGGCGCCCUACGCUUGCUUACUAUUGGGAACAAGUGACAGUGUACACAGGAAGCUCGCAUGUGCGAUACAAGUGCUAUAUGAACGAGCUGGACACCUUGACUGCUGAGCAGGUACAUUGGUUGCCUUAUGUGGAAGAUCGUGACUUUGAUCUUAAUGAGAUGUGCACGCGUGAUAGCCAUCUUUGGCGGGCGAGGUGCCCAAUGAUAUGCUUCUUCGCAGUUGAGUGGCACUUUGUAGACCGUGUGGCAAGACAAUUUGGAAAAAGACAAGGUAUUCCAAUUGAGGAGAGCAAGGAGGAAAUGCUAUCUCUGCAUCGGUUCGAUCGAAGGAACAAUCAGGAUAUAUCGGAUUGGGCAAACAAACACCGUGCGUGGAUAGAAAUUUGGAAUCAAAGAGACACGUUAGUGCAAUCAGAGAAUAGACCUCACAAUCAGUCAGCAUAUCAGAAGUAUCAAGUGUGGUAUGCGGAUCGUUACCGGUUAAAGCUGAAGCCAGGUUGGACUCACGAGGAGUGGUCGGAGUUGGUGUCUGAAGACCCGGAGACUGCAGAAGGUUAUCAUACCUUCAACACGGCUGUGAGAGACACCAGAGGGGCUCAUGUUGACUACGCACCGAUGCAUGACGAAAUGGUAGUCUGUUUGACCUAUUCUAACAUACUUGCAUCAUGUUGUCUUCUUUCAAAUACAUAAGUUUGGUGUGUUCAUGAAUUGCAGGGCAGAGAGUUGCUUCUGU